CGUGGAGCAGUAACUUUAGCGCUGUAACAGCGUUCAGAAAAACGAUCAGCUGUUCUGCGUUUGAUGUAACUUUGGGACGGAAACAAGCAGCGGGCAUGGCAACAGCUCAGUCAGUGUUCACUUUGGCUGUGAGCAUUCUGCUCAUCACAGAGUUCAUUCUGGCUGAGAAAGACUACUAUGAGAUCCUGGGUGUACCCAAAGAUGCAUCUGACCGGCAGAUCAAAAAGGCUUUCCAUAAAUUAGCCAUGAGGUAUCACCCUGAUAAAAACAAAAGCCCUGACGCGGAGGAAAAGUUCAGAGAGAUUGCUGAGGCAUAUGAAACAUUAUCAGAUGACAAUCGGAGAAAGGAGUACGAUCAGAUGAGGAGCAGUCCGUUCUCUAGAGAGAGUCCGAAAGGAGGCGGUGACCACUUCCAUCAACAUUUUAGCUUCAACUUCAAUGAUAUAUUCAGAGACUCUGACAAGUUUGGACACAAUCCUCAUUUGCAUAAUAAAAGACAUUUCGAGAGGCACUUUCAGGCCCAUGAAGAGGCACGUAGCAGGCACAGGAGGCACUUUCAGAACUCUUUCGGUGGUGACGUAUUCGAUGAUAUGUUUGAGAAUAUGGAGAGGAUGUUCUCUUUUAAUGGACACCAGACUCGGACUCAAAGCCAGUUUCACGGUUCCACCAGGCAGCACUGCAGGACUGUCACACAGCGAAGGGGCAACAUGGUUACAACAUACACAGACUGCUCUUGAGUUAAUGCGCACAUGGAAAUGUCUUUUGGGUGUGUUGACUGAAACUGUAAUUAAUUCUGUUUUGCUUUUUUGUGUUUUUGGAUCAGUUCUGAUGGACUUCUAUAAAAUUGUCUGCAAGAGUCACAUAUUUUUGGGCAUAACAUCCUCAGGUUAGGGAUCCUAAGUCUGACUUUAUACAAAAUUCACCAUUUACAACAUAUUAAUAAUGUUAUUAACAGUUAACAUUAACACAGUGAACCUGAUGACAUCCAUAUGGUUAAAAAUACUUUUUCAGAUAUAUUUUAAAUAUAUUUCUCUCUCUCUCUCUCUCUCUCUAUAUAUAUAUUUUUGGCAACUUUAUAUAUAUUGAGUCUAAAUUUAUUUACUUACAUUGUUCUAAAUGGAUUUAAAAAACAUUUUGCAUUUACUCAAAAUCCAUUUUAAAGUUAGAAAUGUAUUUUCUUGCCCUUGAAGUACAUUUUGUACUACAGUUUGGCAAAAAAAAAAUUCCUUAGGCCUGUAAACAUAUACACUUCUUAGCAUAUAUUUUAAAUAUAUCUGAAAUAUAUUUUGGCCAGGAAAAAAGAUGUGUAGAUAUAUGUAAAAAGAUAUACGUAGACAAUAAAAAGAUUUAUGUAGACAAUAUGGGGGGUUGAAAUAGCACUUUAAUUGUUAAUUAUUUAUAAACUCUUAAGCUAUCCAUCAUUUGUUAUGAAGUCAAGAUUUAGGUUCCUUAAAAGCAUAUUUAAUUUUAGGGUAAAGGGCUUCUGCAUUUGUUUACAUCCGAUGCCUUUAAAACACAUAAUUGCAUUUAUCAUUAAGUGUUUAUCAUAAAGGUUAUUUUGGAAGAGCCUUGAACCUGUUUUGAGACAUGUCAGUGAUCACUAGAAAACAUUCAAAGUGGUUUAGAAGUUAAAAAGUCCUGAAAGCAUGUAAAAGUUUGGUUUGCUUGAUUUUGCACAAUGUCAUUUAAUUACCUUUUUAUGUUGUUUGUUGUCAUGUCCUUAGCAAGCAUUUAACAGAAUUUGUAUAUCUUCCAUCUCGGUUAACAUGACACCAAAGCAAGUGGCUCUUUUGAAGGGGAAUUCCCUUACAUGUGCAAUAUGAUCAAGAUCUUGCUGUUGGGGGAUCCUGUUAGCUGUAGGGCUUUCCUGAGGAAAAAAAAAACACAGCUGUAUAUGAUCAAAUGAAGUGUUGUGCUAAAAAACGGUUGCUAUUUUGUUUCAGGUUUGGUAUCAUGUUAAAUUUCCAUGUAAAUGGAAUGUUUUUGAGCAAUUACCUGAGGCACCAUGAAUAAUCAUUCUUUUUCAUCUAAAUAACUAUUGAAAUAUAUAUAUUGUACACUCCCUGUGGUUCUGUGAAUGUGAAUAUAUUUAUUUGGCUCUCCAAAGAUUUGAUCUAUAGCAAAACACUUGUCAGUUAGUUUAAUCUGAAUACUUCUAUUGCUGUGCCAAUAAACAAGUACCUCAU